CAGAAGUGGAGGAUUUAGAGGCGGCCCUGGGAGACUCCAUGGUAACGGGAGGCUGAGGCUGCCGUGUUUUCUGAAAAGAGGGACAAACAUCAGAGCCUGACUUUUCACUCUUUCAAACUCUCUCACUUCUCUUCGGGUCAAGCUGUUUCACACUCUCCUCUGGCCUGUACAAUUUCCUGUACCAUGUGUCAGCCUGCCCCAGAUGUCCCACCUGAUUUAGCACUCACCUCUGACUCCUCUCAUUGGAGCUCCACCCCAAAAGGUGAGAUGGAAGGUGAUAGGGUUGGCAAAGGCACCCUCCGUCCACCUCCUCUCUUCCGAUCCAUCGGCCUAACCGGCCUGUCUGCCAGCUUGCCGCCCCACCGCCGUUUACGAUCAGCCCUGCACAGGGCCAGGGCUGUGCUACCUGCUAAUGCUAACGCUAAUGAAACCACUCAUUCAUGGCCUCAAGCACCCAGCAGUGGCACUAACACUAAUACAUCUGGAGCUUCUGAGAGAGGACUGCCUUUAAAAGGCCAUAUUCGCUCCAGCUUACAUGUGGGAUUGGUUACACAUGGUUUGGACACUUAUAAUGACUCUCUGCCUGACAUUGUGACCCACAAACUUGGCCUGCCUGAGCCACAGAAAAAGAUAACACCACAUAGAGAGUGCCAUGUUGGAAAGACCAAAAUUCUCACCUUUUCCAGCUCUCAUGUCCAAGCAGAUAAAGGCAAACAUUUGCAUAUAAGGUCCAACCUUGGCCUUAGCAAUAAAAUGCUAAUUCCAGCAAGAACUGCACACAGGCAAAACAAUACAGCUCAUAAUCCUCCACCAAAAGCCCAUAGACGGAGAAGCACUGUGUCUCCUUUCACACAGAAUGAUGUAUGCUUAUGCGAAACAGGGGAAACUACAGAAAGACUUGCAGGAAACAGGAGAGAGAAGUGGAGAAGGAGGAAGAUCAACAGUACAGGAGUGCACAGUAGAUCAGAGAGACUGCUGACCCCUGAAGAAGGCCAAGAAGACAACAUCUGCCAGUGGUUAAGCAGCUUAGGGAUAACAGACAAAGAAAAAGACCAAAGGGAGUCCCAAAGAGAGCCUAACAGACAAGGCUGUAGACUUGAAAGUGUAGAAAAAGCGGCAUGUCCCACAAGGAGAGACCGACGCCCACACUUCCUGCCCCCCAUCUCUCAGUCAGACUGCCUGCUGAACGUGCCGCUGGUCCUUCCGGAAAAUUCACCUCCUCCUUCCCCCAGCUGUGUGCCCAGCGAUCCUUUCUUCCCUCUACAAGUCCCUGCUUUACCACUCUGGACAGAAUACAGACUCAAACACACCUGACUGACCAACUAGCAGAUACAUGUUCAAAUAUAACGUACAGGCCAGAAGUGUGGAGACACCUCACCUUCUUUUUUCUGUGUGUCUGCAAAGACUUUAUAACCAUAAAGCGGCUAUUUGCCAAAGCUUUGGAUAUAUUCAGCUACAUGUUUUACUUGUUCUAGAGGAAUCAGCAUCAGAAAUCACAGUGGUGGUGAUUUGAGCCAGACGUUGUCAUAAAUGUAAAUACCUUUAAAAGCUGAGACCACAGAAAGCUAUUACAUGAAAUCAUAAUGAAAAUGGUGCCGGAUAAUUGAGACAUUGUUUUACAAUAGUUUUGAGUUGACAUAAUAAUUUUUGAAAAAUAAAUUC